AUGAGCGCCAGUGAUGCGGUCAGAGAGUCUUCGUUCCCUGGCAGUCAAACCGAGGAAGACGAUGCGGAGGAGCUGGAACGCCGGAAGAAAGCUGUAGCCAUAACGGCUUGCGAACUAUGCAAAGCUCGGAAAGUGCGAUGUGAUCGCGCGGAGCCCUCGUGUGGAUGGUGUACGCGCCAUGGCCGGCAGUGCAUAUACCGCGCACGACAGAAGCCAGGAUUCCGAGCUGGCUAUGUGCGCGGGCUUGAGACCAAGGUCAAUCGUCUGGAGGCAAUGCUGCAUACUCUAGGUCGUCGAGUAGAAGAUCAUUUCAGCGUCCAGGAUUACGGCAAAGAGCCGACCGGCGAUGACCACCACCAACGCUUCCAAGCCUCCAUGCCAUCGCCAGGGACAAAGACCCAGCCUACCGAUGAACGCAUUCGCUCUGCUCGCGCCUCGGAGUUGAUGUCUGUGCAGUCCUUGAUGAACAGUAGCAGAUUGACGGAAACAGCCGAGUCUCCGUCAGACUUGCCCGCGGGCGAGUUACUGUACGGUCUCGUCGAUUUGUACUUCAAGCAUGUUAAUACGUGGUGUCCCAUUCUGGAUCGGAAAGUAACUGUCGACGGCUUCUUCGGCCCAUCCAUCCCGGACGAGGCAGAUCGCAUUGUACUCUAUGCCAUUGUGGCCACUGCGCUGCGAUUCAGUCAAGAUUCGUCACUGACCCCCGGAUACCGCAAGCGAUACCAUGCGGCUGCCAGAGACAAAGUUCUGCUUCACAGCCUGCAAAAUCCUUCCGUCAAAUCGCUGCAGGCUCUCGUUAUUCUGGCGUGGGAUUUCCUUGGAUCAUCCGAUAACUUGCCGAGCGUCAAUAUCGUUGCAGUGAUGGUCCGCACUGUCCUGCAGCUCAACCUCCAGGUCGAAUCAGGGUUAUCCCAAUCGUCUGCUGCUCGCGAAAAGGCACCUCUUGGUCCCCUGCGCGACAGUAUUCUUCCGCAGCCCAUUUCUUGGAUUGAGGAAGAAGGUCGCCGACGGCUCUUCUGGAUGAUUUACAUUAUAGAGCGUUACUCCGCGGUGGCCACGACUGCGGACUUUGUUCUGAACGAAGCUGAAAUUGACCGCUAUCUUCCAUGUCGCUACGAUUUGUUUUCGCAAAACAGACCGGUGGAGACGCGCUACUCCCGUGGUCCAGGCCGGUCGAGCAUACUCAUUAACCAACCAGAGAAUCUGGGAAGCUUUUCAUAUCACUGUGAGGUGAUGCGAUCCCUCAGCCGUGUACAAAUGUUCCUCCAAACUCCCGUGGACAUUUGCUCUCUCGCCGAAGUGGAGCAAUGGCAAAAUUCCUAUCGCGAACUCGAUGACGAGCUGAACGCAUGGCUCAGCAAUCUACCAGACGACUAUAGCAGAGUUUCCCAACUCUGCCAUUCGGACCCCACGAGCAAGAUUUCAAACUGGAUCAAUCUGCAUGCUGCAUUUGUUACCUCCGUCGUACGCCUGCACUCGUGUGCUGCAUAUCCAACUGUUAGAUCUCAUAUCUUCACACCGUCUUUUUAUGCGUCGCAGCGCUGCCUCACUGCAGUUCAAAGUCUGCGCGAAAUCGCUCAGGAUGUCAUGAACACAGGCAUGCUCAAUCUACUGGGACCCCAUUUUGCUUUUUCUUUGUAUGUGGCUGCUCGACUGUUGCUUGUGCACGCCGCGUGUACUGGUGCUGAAACCGAUCCGAAUUGCGAAUUUUUCAUAUCCAUUCUGGACCAGAUGGGUCAAUACUGGAGCAUUUCUCGCCAAUACGCUCAGCUCUUAAAUCAGAUAUGCAAACGGUCCCGCAUGGAAUGGCCAUUGAACAAUGCGAUGACAUUGUCAAUCCCCAAGGCACUCGCCAUGAUGCGAAGACGAGCAUACGAAAUCCACAUAUCAGCUAUUCAGCGGUCGUCAGGCUCCGCUAAACCAUUACCAACUAGGACAGUUACGGCCGAGGAUCUUGAAUAUCUCCAGGUCUUUGACUUUUUCAGGUACCCGCGCCUCCCGACGGCCAUGGUAAACAGUGGCGAUAGCCUUUACGGCUCCUUUUUGAAUAUCGACAGUGUCUUGACCGGUAAGGAUUAUUUUACUGCAUCCACGAGUUUUCCUGCUGGGGCGUUGAAUAUGGGAUGGUCUUAUGGACCUUCUUGA